AUGGGGCCCCCGGGCAAUAGGGGAUCAUGGGGCCCCUGUGUCCUUGCCCAAACUCAAAAAAGCCUAUGAAAAAGAGAUUGUGUUCUGGAAGAAUGCCCACACGAUCACUUUGUGUAUACAAGUUUCAAACGGACGAUGUUCCACACAUCCUUACAAUAUAAGGUCCCUAACCAGGGGCGGACUGACAACUCUUGGGGCCCCCAGGCAAUAGGGGAUCAUGGGGCCCCUGUGUCCUUGCCCAAACUCAAAAAAGCCUAUGAAAAAGGUACCAGGGGCAUCUCAUGGGGCCCCCUACUGACCCCAGGCCCUCGGGCAGUGCCCAAGUUUCCAAAUGGUCAGUCCGCCCCAUCC